UCCGACCGGCCAGUUGCCAUUUGAGCGCUGUACGAGGUGAAUGUGUGUACAUUUCCGCAGUGUAUUAUUAAUUUAAUAUGGAUAAGUUAAAGUGCGUGAUUGGAUGAUGCUCACAUCGACCUAGUUAUGGCCUGGAAAUAUAUUUUUUGGUUUUCUCUGAUGACAAGCUAUAAAGCUGAAGAAACCGAGUGGCGGUCUGGUGAUUUGCCACCAAAUAUUCCCCCAGAUGGUACAUACAAAAUUCUUAACAGAUUUGUGAAGCCAUUCAUUAAUAGGCGAGUAAUGGACAGCAGUAUUGUUUUCCCAGAUUUAACGUCAAGGUCUGAUAUAGACAUAUUCUCUCAAAUCCCCGAAGAUUGUAAAACUCUGGGCAUUUGUGAAGAUAUUCCAAACUAUCCGGCGGAUAUCGUUUCAAGUGCAAUUCAGCAGAUAGAACAUGAAAACAAAUUUAAGUUCAACAAAGAUGUAUUGGAGCCUCCUCAACUCGCUGAGAGAAUAGGACCGGAAGAAGAAUCUAUAGAUCUAUGUUCCUCUAUGGAACGGAUAUUUAUACCCAAAGUGGCUCAAGAUGUCAACAAGGACUGGUUCCUGAUAGUUAAUGACAAGCAAAAACCGCGACAAACGUUUCGAGUAGAAAUAUGCAGAGGAGGAGAAAACGCCAGCUGCUCUUCUAUAGUUUUCUUCCAGAAGGGAUACAAAGGGUCAUGCGUACAGAAAUAUGUUCUACGUAACAUGAUUGCGUUGAACGACAAAAAUGAAAUCAUUGAAAGACCCUUCCAAGUGCCCAGUUGUUGCUCUUGUGUCGCAAAGGCUGUUUGAUAAAUGAAAAACAUUUUUUUAUGAUACUGUCUUUGGUAUAGGCGAGUUACUGAUGUACUGUUAAGUACAUAAUUAACGAAUAAACGCGAAUUAAUUAGAGGCCUGGAAUUGGUGCUAAAAAUAAAUGUACCGCGGUGUGAAGUCCGGCCUAUGUCAUCUAUUGAUACUAUACUUUCUGAGUAUAUUCGUUACAAACAAUAAUGCAAAUCUUACCUCUAUCUUUUGAUUUACAUAACUCGACGUUUUGAGUGAUUUUGAGUUUGGUAAGCCUCAUUUAGUCUUCGUAUGUAAUAAAUAUGCGUUGGUAUCAGAUAUUGAAAUUUUAUUUAAAGUUUUAGCCAAGUAAUUAUUAGUUUUUAUAAGGAAAAUACAGAAGCUGAAUGGAUCUCCAAUUUUUUUUACGUCACGUAAUACGCUUGAACAUUUUAUGUGUGACUAUUAAUUCUUAGUUCGUUAAUUGUAGUGCAUAACUUUUGUAUGUAUACGAACGGAUAUUGGCAGGAACACGCGUUAUUUCUGCGUUGGGCCUUACAUCGCAAGUGUAGCAUAGCCUAUGAUAAUCAUCAGGUAAUUAGCCAAGAGGACAGAUUUCUGAUCGUGAUAUUCAAUGUAUUUGGUAUUCAGAGUAAGUGCUGUUACUAGAAUAAGUUAUCGUUACAUUAGUUUAGCUUAUCGAUUUUAGUUUUAGUUCGAUUAAAACAAGUUAAACUACUUAACAGUUUUAAGUAUUUUACGCAUAUAGUAUUAUAUACGAAUUUUGCCAUGUGUGUAGAGUUAGCGUUUUUAAAAUGUUAUUGAUGAAUUGAUUCCAAUAAUUAUGUAAAUAAAUAUUUAUGUGAUA